UGCCAGGGAAACCAACGCAGAACUCAACGGCAUAAAACGGUGACAGGUAGUACCUCUCCAGGACAUCCUUGAUCUUUGUACAAUCAAGCACCUAGAGAAAAGACGGUAAGAGAACAGAAAAGAAAACAAAGAAAAGGACAAGAGAGGGGAUAGGAAGGGGAGUCAGAUGAGGGAAGAGAAAACAAUGGGUUGAUAACCUAACUUUGUAUGGAGGAAGCUAACUUUGUGAUGCCAUGUGCUACUAUGAAUGGAGAAAGCACAUUGAAUAAAACAGCAAUUCUACACUAAGCUGAGUAGUCACGCCAUCACUAGGGUCAACAUCGGUGACCGACCAGCUGGCUGCAUCGCACAGCUUGCCAUGAGAGAGACGGCGAGACUGCCCCAGUUUACAGCCAUGGAAGAGGAGCGCCGAGUCCUAGAGGAGGACAGUUACGUGGAUGACAUCCUAACAUCUCACAAUGACCCAGAGAGAAUGAAUGACAUCACCAACCGAGUGGAGGAGAUUCUCAACGCUGAAGGCUUCUCCCUCAAGCCUUGGAUCCGGUCUGGUCAUAGAGCCGUAACUGGAACCAGUGGCGACAGGAGACCUGUGUUGGAAACCCAAAACUCUGAUACUGCCGAACCAGAUGCGGGAGGAAGACAAUAAAGUGCUUGGCAUUGGGUACGACGUAGAGGAGGACAAGUUAUAUAUGAUGAUAUCAAUCAGUUGAAGAAGACCUCUGACCCAAGCAGGAAUGACAUUGGCACUGAUACAGGAGCAUCAGGGGACGGUAGUUCUAUAGAGCCACAGUCACCGGUGGAAAUCCAAGGGCCGGUUCAAGUGGUGGAGAAACCGAAGAGGAUGCCCUGGGGUGCAGCGCUUGUCAGCCUUGUGGAACCUGAACGGUUCAGUACCCUGUCGAAAACUAUGUGGAGUCACAGCCUGGGUUCGACGGGCCGCAGAGACGUGGAUGAGCAAAGAUAAUCAGUCCUCGGGUCAAGCAAAGUGGGAGGCGAAGGUCUCGGAAGUGAGACAGAGUAGGCCUGUGCUGGCCAUGGAGGAACGAAAGUCCGCCUUCCAGGAUCUCGCUCUGGCAGCCCAGGAUGGAAAGGACUUCCGGGGCACGACUCUCAACAGGCUAGUCGUAGCCAAAGACAAUGAAACAGGGCUCCUGCUCUGCGGCGGAAGAGUCCAGUCCUGAAGCGAAGAUGGAAAGGCAGUACCGCUACUCCCAUUCCGAGCGUGGCUGGGGACCCUGCUGGCGAGAGAGGCCCACAAGAUAAAUCACGAAGGUGUUGCUGCCACACUUCUGCCCAUGAAAAAGAAAGCCUGGGUGGUGCAGGGUCGGCGGAUAGUGAAGAAGGUUGUCAACGAGUGCAUCACCUGCAGGAAACUGAAAGCAAAGAUGUGUAAGCAGGUAAUGAGUGACCUCCCUCCGGAGCGGGUAAACCCAGCAGCCCCGUUUGAGUUCACCACGUUGGACCUCUUCGGUCCCUUUGAGGUGAGGGACAUAGUGAAGAAGAGAACAAAAACGAAGGUCUGGGGAAUCGUGUUUUGUUGCAUGGUGUCUAGGGCGGUCAACGCACAUGUCGUUGACGACCAGUCUUCAGAGAGUUUCCUCCAGUCUUAUGCCAGGUUUGCGGCUUUGAGGGGGCAUCCUCGGAAGUUGUGGUCGGACAGGGGGACAAACUUCGUAGGCGCCAGGCCCGCCCUGAAGGAACUGCACAAGCACCUGGCAUGUCUGAAGAGGGCGUCCGUUGAGGAUGUGGCUGCCAGGAACGGCACCGAGUGGAAGUGGGUCUUCUAUCCUGCAGACUCUCCCCACCGAAACGGAGCGGCCGAGGCAGCCGUUCGGAUCCUCAAGAGAGCGUUUACCAAUCUCGGAGGGACCACCGGCAGCUUAACGUGGGGGGAAUUCCAAACUCUCCUCUACUCUGCAGCCAACCUGGCCAAUGAGCGUCCUAUCGACGCCCGAGUUCAGGAGCAGGAAGACGCCGUGGAGUACAUCUCUCCGAAUUCCCUCAUCCUAGGACGUACAGGACAGGGAGGAGACCUGGAGGGGAUCAGCUUGAAAGGCCGCUCUUGGCACAGGUUAAAGGCUAUCCAGGCCGGAGUAGAUAACUUCUGGACAAGCUGGAGUGACUUGGCAGGCCCAAACCUGUUCCUCCGACCCAAAUGGCACAGAGCUGCCAGGAAUGUCCAGGUGGGAGACCUGGCCUGGAUCGCGGACCAGAACACCUUAAGAGGUCAGUUUCGACUAGGCCGAGUUGUAAAAGCCUAUCCAGACAGAAGAAGAGUCGUCCGGGACGCUGAUAUUCGGACCUGUGUGGGCCUUCCUGCCCCCCUCACUGCUGGAUCCCAGAAGAGACUGACAGUCCCAGCCCCAACCACCAUCCUCUUCAGGGACGUACGGAGGCUGGUGGUACUGCUCCCCGUGGAAGAGCAGUAGAGGCCAGGGACCUGUCCUGAAAGUUCAUCAGGUCUGUGAACGGUUGCAGUGGCCGACCGGUUCUGGCUCCGGUUGUGUGGAGACGGGAGGACCCGUCUCGCUUGGCUGGGAGGGCAGGACAUCCCUCCUUGGCUUGAAAAAACCAAGAAGUCCCAGACACCCCACUACAAAAGACUCUGGUUUUGGGAGUCCAGGGUGAAUUGUGUGGGGUCUCCCUGGAUCUAGUGAUCGGGAGCCCAAGUGGGAGGUGUGGAGUUAAUUUUGGUUGUUUAUUCGUUUAUUUUCUAUUUAUUUAUUUCAAUCAAUAAGCAUUAAGCUACUUGUUUAGUUGUGCAGGUUAUCAUGUAAAAUAGGUCUCAGUUGGGAGGGAACCUUGUUUCCAGUAUUUUGUUUCCCUUGGGAGUCAUUUGAUGGCCAGCGAAAUGUUUGUUACUCAUGUUUUGAUCAGCCACAGGGCACACGGGCAGCCGGUGAGUGUUUUGGUUUAAAUAAUGGUGACAGACUUUUGUUGUGUAUGCUUUAAGUAAUUUGUUUAUCAUGUGUUUUCUUUUAGGUUGAUAACCUAACUUUGUAUGGAGGAAGCUAACUUUGUGAUGCCAUGUGCUACUAUGAAUGGAGAAAGCACAUUGAAUAAAACAGCAAUUCUACACUAAGCUGAGUAGUCACGCCCCGUGUUGUCCAAACCCUUUCGGUGGGAGUAAACCGAACAGUUGGUGAGACUUUAGAUGUGCAAUACAUCCCCUACCCAUUGGCAAAUAUACUUUUCAUACUGUAGUUAUACAGUUUAAUUAAGUAAUCUUGAAUAUGAGUGGUUAACUCAUGGUUCUUUUUUUUUUUUAAGAGCUACAAAUAAGUUGUAUGAGCUCAAAAGUAGUGGUACUAUUUCAGUUGAUAGUUAAGAGCAAGUUAUGAAAGUUAUAAAAUCCACUUUUCUGGUAUUUUAUUUUAUCAUUCACAGUUUUUUUGUGUCUUUUGACAUACUGCACAAUAAUUGAACAUGGUGGUUUGACAUGCUUAUAAAACCCAUCUAAGAAAUCUUUAAAUAUUUGUUCUCUACCUGAUAAAUGAAUGUUUCACAAAUUAUAAUAGCUAUUAACAGUAAAUAAUGCAUUAAAAUCCACUGGUUUGUAAUUUGAUAUGCUUUAACAAUGUUGAAUAAAAUCAUAUAUCAUUCACUUUGCUUUGGAACAUGUGCAGUUCACAUAACAAUACCACAGUGUUAGCUUUAAUUUUUUUAUCUAAGUUGUCAUGCGCCUUUCCUGUGGUUGCAUAACACAUUAUGAUGAUGUUGAUUCUCAGAGGGAGCCUAAGGUAUAUUUUGGCAACAAAGCUUACAAUGUUGGUCAGCCUUGGCAAAGCACAGGAUCGACUGCUGAGAGACAUGUGAGACAAAGUCAGGGCAGAUGUUUUCAUUUAUUUUGUUUUUACCUUGCACUGCAGGGACAGUAAUCUCAGUACAAUAGAAUAGAAUGGAUAUGUCCUAAAGAAACCCAGCCUGGGCCUGACAGUGAGUUGUUUGGUUACCAAACAAGAGGUUUGGAGAGUAAUCUUUCAGCAUUCCUGUGUUUAAGUAGUGUUAGGGUUUGUUCAAGUGCAUUUCAACAGUAGAGCAAUCAUUAUAAACGUAUUAUAUGACUAACUUUGGUUAGCUUUAGGUUGUCUUUUUCUUUGUAAAUGUGAUGUUUCGGUGGUGUUGUUUUUUGUUUUGUUUCUUUCCGUUAACUGUCA